AUGGCGUCGUGGAGUAGCUCACCGCAGGUUGAGGUGCAGAUACAAUUCGGCAGUGAAGAGAAAUCGAGAGCCAUCGUUCACGCUCCGACAUAUGUGGGCAACGAGUACAUCACCGGCACUGCGACGUUCAAUCUGCGCGAGGACUAUGAAGGCAUGCGAUACAAGAUCGCCGUCAAGGGUGUCGUUCAGACCACGUUUACUGAGCUUCCAGCAGGUGGGCUGCAAAGCACUUCGAGCGUUGAGACCCAGACAUUCCUAUCUGCCACCUUGUUCGAGGGAACCCGACCUGCGAUUUUGGCAGAUAACAAGAGGCAUAUAGCCAGGGUGCCGUUCAAGUUCAACCGGACAGACAACCACGACAGCUCGUCCGACUCUACCCGAUCAUCAGGCCACGCCUUCAAACAUUUCCUGCCAUCGGUAGACUCGAAAAUAGCCAGCAAGCACUGGUCAAGCAACUUCAAGUCAGGUCCAGAUGCCCAGUAUAGUGUCAAAUACACCAUCACUGCCACUGCAGUAUCCGAGAGGAAACGAGUGUUCUCGGCGUCCAGAUCCUUCUCUUAUGCUCCCAGUAUCAUCGAUGCGAGCCCCAUAGCUCUUGAGGACUUCCCGGAGGAGUAUGUGGUCCGCACCACGAAGGCCAUCAACAAGUCGUCCUCGUCGACUGCUCGCAUUGGCAUGAUCAGUCAGGAGCCGCGAGCGUUGGUCUUGCAACGGAGUGCUGCUACUGGGGAGACCGAUAUCAAUCUCUUUCUAAUGCUUUUCCGGGACGGAGCAAUCAGUUUUGGGAAAGAGUCGUUACCCAAACGAGCACGUAUCAAGGCAGAACUGCGCACAACGACCAUUGUCAUGGACCGUGCUGGCACGCCAGCGGCACACACUCUUCCUGGUGCCCUGAAGACGAGAGCAGUCAUCAAGCAAGAGAAGAGCUUUGCGCAGGAGUACACACUGCCACUAAACCAAUGGCACUGUCCCGACUCCGAGAGUGAAGGAGAGCAUGGUACAAUGACCGAAGAAGUUCUGACCAAUGCACUGCAUGUCCCGUUCAAGGUCUCUGCAAGUCGACCACUCCCGACAGCGUUCUUUUCGCCUCUUCUGUCAAGACGCUAUGCCAUCGACCUGGCAUUGACAUUCGAUGAUGACAAUAGCACAGCGGUGAAGCUGCGACUACCACUGCAGAUCGGGUACGAAACCUGA